AUGGUCAAGUUCCUCGGACUUCUCGCCUCCGUCGCUGCCGCUAUCGGCGCCGUCUCCGCUGGUAACGGCGGCACGUCGGCCCCCGCGGUGACUACCGCGUCCACCGUGGCCCCCGUGGUGACUGCCGUGCCCAGCGUCACCACCGUCGCGCCCAGCCCGACCGCCGCCCCCACCGUGGAGAACACGUGCGUGCUCGCCGACUUCGAGACGGCCACGGCCGACUUCAUCGCCAUGCAGAACCUCGUCAACAUCGUCAAGACGUCGCCGGCGGUGCUCAAGCAGUACGUGAGCGACCCGCUCGUGAUCCAGAACCAGACGCUCGCCACGCAGAACAUCUCGUUCCUCGGCGUGACGUUCGCGGCCACCCCGACCAUCAACUUCCUUAACGCGUCGGGCAUCAUGACCAUCUCGCCGCUGCCGGUCAACGUCACGGGCACCAACUCGCUGGACCUGGGCACGGGCUUCACGGGCACCAUCGCGCUGCAGGCCACGCUCACGGUCGAGGUCGCGCAGCUCGACCAGAAGUGGUACUCGAUCUGCUGGGUCGACCUGCUGCACCCGAUCAAGUGCCGGCCGCAGGUCGUCACGGUGGACGUCGCGCUCGCCGUGAGCAAGCCCGAGGUGCUGACCAACAUCGAGGCCAACCUGUACGAGUGCGCGCCCGGCGUCGCCACGUCCGUGUGCCAGAACCUGACCAUGACCAGCAUCAUGACGGGCGCGCUGAGCGGCGACAUCGCGAGCCUGACCAAGGCCAUCUACAAGAACUUCAAGGACGCCAAGGUCAACAAGCUGUCCAUGGGCUGGGACCUCAUCACCAACCUCGACUUCGCCGUGCACAACACGGGCGCCUUCACAACGCAGAUCAUCAACGGCCUCGUGGACUUCACGGCCACGGAGCUCAACAAGAAGUCGCACUACUACCAGACCUUCCUGGAGAUCUCCCAGAAGCUGCUGCUCUCGCUGCUCAACAAGAUCAUCGACAUGCAGCUCGAGCCGCAGUUCGGCGCCACGUGCCUGUAG